ACAUGCUGAACUGUAUGCCCGUGUAUCAGUGUUCUCCUCCACAUCCAAAAGAAAAUUUCAUCCCGUACGUGUACCAAGCAAUUGACUUCUGCCUUCCGUUGAAUUUAGAAACAAUUGUUGCUGAGCUGUUCAGGAUCAGGAUUGGAAAUAACUAUGGCUUGUAAAAAAAGAAAGUACGAAUCUACGUACCUUCAGUUUGGAUUCUCCUCCAUUAUUGUCAACGGAGAAGAAAAACCACAAUGUUUAGUUUGCCUGAAAAUUCUUUCCAAUGACUCCAUGAAGUCAUGUAAGUUAAAGCAGCAUUUCAAGACGCACCCACAGUAUUCUGAUAAAAGAGUAGAUUUCUUUGAACGCAGUGCGCGGAGUGUUAGAACAAUGAAGAUGGAUAAAACGGGAAGUAUUUUCACUACGAACUCAAAAACUGUGGAAGCGUCGUAUGUUGUUGCGCUUGAAAUUGCAAAGCAGAAAAAACCUCAUACAGUCGGAGAAACGCUGGUUAAACCUUGUGCAAUGAAGAUGGUGGAAAUUGUAUUGGGAAAUGGGUUGGAGAAGAAAUUGGUUGCAGUUUCUUUAUCGGACAACACAGUUCAGCGACGGAUAAGUGACAUGUCCGUUAAUGUUAAAAACCAAGUCGUUUCUGAAAUCAAGGCAGCUAAGUUUGGGCUAUUGAGCAUUCAACUCGAUGAGUCCACGGAUGUGUCAUCCUGUGCUCAAUUGUUGGUUUUCGUGCGAUAUGUUUUCGACAAUGUCAUCAAGGAAGAAUUCCUGUUCUGUUCGCCACUCGAAACAACGACGAAAGGAUCUGACAUUUUGGCAAAAGUCACGUCAUUCUUUGAUUCUAACGGAAUUUCUUGGGAUACUGUUUGUGGUUCCUGUACCGAUGGUGCACCAGCUAUGUUAGGAAACAAGUCAGGUUUUCAAGCAAGUGUUAAAAAACUCAAUUCAAAGAUAAAAGUAACUCAUUGCAUGAUACACCGACAGGCUCCCGCAUCCAAAACACUGCCGAAUUCUUUGGGUGUUGUUUUAAAGCAAAUAAUAAAAAUCGUUAAUUUUGUGAAAUCAAGUGCAUUGAAUUCGAGACUGUUCAAACAACUUGGUGCCAACAUGGACUCGAAUCAUCAAAUGCUAUUGUACCAUACCAACGUUCGUUGGCUUUCGAAGGGGAAUGUAACAGACCGGUUUUUCGAAUUGAGGGCUGAAGUGAAAUCUUUUCUUGAGCUUCAAAAUAAGAAUGAGCUUUUAGCUGUAAUAAAAAAUCCUCAUUGGAUAAUGCAGCUUGCCUAUUUAGCUGACAUAUUUGAACAGCUUAACAAGCUCAACUUAAAACUUCAAGGUAGCCAAACCACUAUUAUACAGUUUAUUGAUUCCCUAAAUGCGUUCCUCGGUAAACUACAAAAUUGGAAACGCAAGGUCCAAUUGAACAAUUUUGCAAUGUUCGAAAGACUUUCAUCAGUGAUUGAUAAUUGCACAAACGACAAAACAGUACCGAAGACCAUCAAGAAUGAAAUUACAGAGCAUCUGACAUCACUUCUAGUCGAAUUUAAAACUUAUUUCCCUGAUAUCAAAGCACAAGAUUUGGACUUAGUCCGAAACCCUUUCCGAAUAGCAGUGACGAAAGUUCCUGAUCGAUUCCAGGAUGAGCUCAUUGAUCUGCAAAAUGAUUCUAAAUCGAAAGAGUUAUUUGAAGAAACAUCACAGUGCGAUUUUUGGGCCACGAUGAGUGGUCCUUUUCCUAAUAUCGCAGAAAGAGCAUUACGAGUGUUGUUGCCAUUCGUGUCGACGUAUUUAUGUGAAACUGGAUUUUCUGCAAUGUUGCAGAUGAAAACAAAAUACCGUAAUAGACUGGACAUCGAGGAUGACAUGAGGUGUGCUUUGUCAAAAACAGCUCCAAGGAUUAAGAUGUUGGCCGAAAAUGUUCAGGCUCAGGUGUCGCACUAAGCUGAAAUCUAAAUAUCUUUGUUAUGAUACUUAUUUCAAAUUAAAAUAAACUUGAAAAAUAAAAGUUGAGCCUUGUAUUUUUUAAUCACUACAGCUUUUCUUUCAUGGUGCCGA